ACGCAGUGACUCGAAAUCAAUACACCUUUCUUGGGCUCGCGGUGGACAACAGGAUUCUUCGGCUCCAUUCUUCAAUCCAUUGUGCUGUUUCACGGGGAUUCUUGGGGUUCUUGGGGAUUGCCGAGUGUUGACAGCUGUCUGCAAGGGAGGAAAGGAUUUCCGAUUGUUUCGGGGGAUUUUCGUUGUUUAUUUAGGGAUUUGGCGGCUCGCGGGAGACGGAGAGCUGUAGGGAUUCUUUGGGGUUCUUGGGGAUUGUGGAGAAUUGACAGCUGUCUGUGCAAGGGAGGAAAGGGUUUCCGAUUGUUUCAGGGGUUUUCGUUGUUUAUUUCGGGAUUUGGCGGCUCGCGGGAGGCGGAGAGCUGUAGGUGUCCGUGCACAUUCAACCAACCCCAGACCCUUUGUUCAGAUGUCCAGAAAUUUUUUUGACAUCACCGGCAUGGCGUCGAGCUCCGUCAGUCAAGAGGACUUUGACAAUGAUUUUGAGUUCACAACGAGAAGGUCCAGGAUCAGGACAGCGAGGACGAGGGUGGGACCCCAGAGGGCUGGAGACAUCACCACCAUAAAUUUUCAAAAGAAUCCAGCGGAUACUGAUGAUCCUCCCAUCUGCGAGUCGAGCUCCAACAAUGUGCUACCUCUAGAGCAUGAUAAUCAACAGAAUAAACCAAUAAUGAGGAAACCCGAGAAAAGAGUCACUGGUCGGCCCACACACAUUAACAAGGGAAAACAGCAGAGGGACCGCCGGAAACUCAGAGAGAAACGACGCAGCACUGGAGUCGUGCACCUUCCAUCGACCGAGAGUACAGGAGGUAGUACUGGUGAAGAUGAGGAGGAACUCGGUGGAUGCCUCGAAACAAAGCACAAUACCCACCAUAAUGAGUUUCUAGACCAUGAACUCAUGGAAGAGAGAAAUGCCAAGGUUUACACACAGAGGAGGAAUAAAAGUCAUUCAGAUUUGGAAGCUGACGACGAGGAGUUCGACUCCUUGAACCAAUCAGACAGUAUCAAUCAGUCGGAUGGUGCUCACCCAACGCAAUUGGACACAGCAACAAGGCCACGUGUGCCAACACCAACUGGAGACAACACUCAAGAGUUAUUCGAACGAGCUCAGGAGGAAAAUCGAAGGCUCCUGGCCCUCCUGGAGGACCAGGACCACAAGAUAAUGGCCCUGGAGGCCCAAAUCCUCCAGCAGCAACGAGAGAUGGCAAUUGAGCGCGAAAGGUUACGCGAAGAGAACGCUGCCCUCAUCAGGGCUAUGGCAGCACUCGCAAGUAAUUAAUCAUCCAACAAUUCCCCACAAUUUUUCUUCGAAAACCUAAUUAACAUCCACGAAAUAAAUUCAAAUUGCUUAUCGAUGUUUGAGGGUGAGAUCUUGGGUAAUUGCAGAGUUUAAUUCUUCGUCAGAUUUAUUUUUUUAUCUAAAUAACAUAGGAUUAAUUGAAAUUUGUGUUUCUUGGUUGAAUUAUGCGAAUUCGUUUGCAUAAAAUUAGAAAUAUUCGGGACAUUUACGUUUGCGACGAUGAAUUAUCAUAUUCGAGACUGAUUUGUGCAGAAAUUUACCAUUUUUCGCUCCAAUUUAAUCGAGAAAGCAUUCAGAUGACUCAAUUCAGAGAGAGAAAGUGUGAUACUUUGGACCUAAUUCUCGAGUAAUAGAUGUUGGAAAUUAUUCUGAUGUAAAUACAUUGUGAAUCUAGUGGAGGCAUUUGUUAUAGGAUUGAUUCAGACUUGUAAAUUUGGGUGUAAAGGUUAUUACGUUUUCAAUUGCAAAAUUCGUGAUUAAUUAUGCAGAACAAUUAUCUAGAUAAAGAAGAGAGAGAUGAAGUAAUGUGCACAAUCAAUUGUUACGUUUCGAUUAAUCAAUAAUAAAAAUUCCCAUCAGAAAUGUAAAAAAAAACACAAGUAUUCACAAGC